AUGUUGGAAAAUCUUUUCCAGUCCUACACUUCAGUCUCCCUGUUGGGUGCUAUUGUAGGCAUUCUGGUCAUCCACUUGUUUUACUCCAGCUUCAUCUCCCAAGAAAAGAGGACUGAGCCUCCAGGACCCAAACCUCUUCCUCUGCUUGGUAACUUGCUGCAGGUGGAUCUCAAGAGACUCGACAGCUGUCUUUUUGAUCUGUCCAAAAAGUAUGGACCAGUGUUCACAGUCUACUUCGGUCUUAAGAAGGUGGUAGUCCUGGCAGGAUACAACACAGUCAAACAGGCUCUAGUCAACCAUGCUGAACAGUUUGGGGAAAGAGAGAUCACCCCUGUGUUCUAUGAUUUCCACAAAGGACAUGGCAUAUUAUUUUGCAAUGGCGACACAUGGAAAGAAAUGAGACGUUUUGCUCUUAGUACGCUGAGAGAUUUUGGAAUGGGCAAAAGGUUAGCAGAAGAGAAAAUCAUUGAGGAAUGUCACCACCUGAUUGAGGAAUUUGAACAACAUGAUGGUAAAGCUUUCAACAACACCCAAACAAUUCAUUAUGCAGCUUCAAAUAUCAUAUCAGCUCUCAUGUUUGGAAGGAGGUUUGAAUACAAAGAUCCAGUCUUCCAAGCCAUGGUGGAAAGAGACCAUGAAACCAUCCAUCUGACUGGAUCAGCUUCCAUCCAGAUAUACAAUGUGUUUCCUUGGCUGGGCCCUUGGUUGAAAAACUGGAGGGAGUUGAUGAAGAAUGUAGAGGACAACAAAAAAGAAAUAAACAGCAUCAUAGCAGAUCUGAGGGAAACUGUGAACCCUGAGAUGUGCAGAUGUUUUGUUGAUGUAUUCCUGAACUGUCAGCAAAAUCUAGAGGUGUCUGAAAUCAAGGAUUCAUACUACAAUGAUGAGAACCUGGUCUCCAGUGUGAUGAGCCUCUUUGCAGCUGGAACGGAUACCACAGGAAAUACACUUCAGUGGUUUCUAGUUUUUAUGGCAAAGUAUCCUCAUAUUCAAGAUCAAGUCCAGGAGGAGCUGAGCAGGGUGGUUGGAAGCCGUCAAGUCCAGGUGGAGGACAGAAAGAACCUCCCCUACACUGACGCAGUCAUCCACGAAUCACAAAGACUCGCCAACGUUGCCCCCAUGGCAAUUCCUCACAAAACCAGUCAAGACGUCACCUUCCAAGGCUACUUUAUCAAAGAGGGGACGACUGUGCUUCCUCUGCUCACUUCUGUCCUGUAUGAUGAGAGUGAAUGGGAGAGCCCACAUACUUUCAAUCCGUCCCACUUCCUGGAUAAUCAGGGUAAAUUUAUCAGGAGAGAUGCCUUCAUGCCCUUUUCUGCAGGCCGCAGAGUGUGUCUCGGAGAGAGUCUGGCCAGGAUGGAGAUCUUUCUGUUUUUCACCUCCCUCCUUCAGCGCUUUCGUUUCACUCCUGCACCUGGAGUUUCAGAAGAUGAGCUGGAUCUAACACCAGUUGUGGGCUUCACCCUCACCCCUUCACCUCAUGAGCUUUGUGCCGUCAGUCGACAGUGA